GAGACGUUUACUUCAGUUCUUCCUCUCCUUAGCGUUUGGAAGACAAAAACAGCCUUUUAUAACCUUCUGACACUUAUCUCCUCCUACGUUACAGUCCCUCUCAUUUCAUGGCGCACAAGCCUUUCAAAUUCAAUGAGCAUAUUCUCGAGCAACUGAGAAAUGGGACUGCGAAAUUCGAGCUUGUUUCUUCCCCCGCUCCUUCAGUUGCUGCUCCUCCGAACAACAUCACAAGCUUGUUUGGAAUUGGGAAUCGUAGCGCUCUCUUUUUCGCUAGAAUUGGCUCUUCCUCUAUUGGGCACUCUCCCGCAAUGAAGAAACUUGAGCAUUUUUCAGUUCAGAAGGUUACAGGGGAUGGGCGAUGUCUGUUUCGUGCACUGGUCAAAGGAAUGGCUUACAACAAGGGAACAGUUCUUAAUCAACGUGAGGAGAGAGAAAAUGCAGAUGAAUUAAGAAUGGCUGUGAAAGAAGCUGUAUGUGAAAAUGAGGGUGAACGUAAUUUAUAUGAAGAAGCCCUCAUUGCCAUCACAGUUGAUGAACCUCUAAAUCGUUACUGCCAACGGAUCGUACGACCUGAUUUCUGGGGAGGAGAAUCAGAGCUGUUGGUGCUAUCAAAGUUAUGUAAACAGCCAAUCGUUGUGUACAUCCCAGAGCAUGAGCAUAGAGGCGGUGGUUUUGGAUCUGGCUUCAUUCCCAUUGCUGAGUAUGGAAGUGAAUUUAGAAAGGGUUCUAGGAGAAAAGCUGUGAGGCUAUUGUACAGCGGCAAGAACCAUUAUGAUCUUCUGGUAUGAGGAACUGCUAACGAAGGAGAAGGAAGAAAAAGUAGGAGAUUAAAACGCCAUUUUUGUAAUGAUCAUGUUCUAUUCAUCCACGUAUUUUGUUUCUUGUUUGUUUUACGAUUUUUGCUAGUCCACCAUGAACACCUAGUUUUCAUUUUUAAUAUGAAACGAAGUAUUCUAAAACGAUUUUGAGGUUGAGCACAAAUGUAAAAGAAGUUUAAUUAUCCA